CGGGGGCGAAUGGUUGGGGACGAUCACGACUGGCCUCCCUAUGAAUGCUAGCGUCUACCUCCUGGGCAAUCGAAACAACACGAGCAUAGGUCUGGGUCCCAUGACCUACAAUGUUGUGACGGACUGCUGGGUAAAGCCCGUCAAUGAAGCGCUGUGCCCUCUGUGCCUCCGUUCGCACCAAGUCCGGAACAAAAGCUGCAAAAAAAAAUCCACCAUGACUAAGGCCUCCGGGCUGGGUGGUCGCUUGUUUCGAAAGGCCCCCGGGGUCGGCAAGUGCCUGAAGACAAAUUCCACCAUGAUUAAGGCCUCCGAGCUGGGUGGUCGCUUGUUUAGUACACCCCUUGGGAUGGGCAAGUUGGCCCCUAUUUCGAACAUCCCUCGGAUUGGGUGGGCAAGUGCGAAGACACGGAUAGCUCAAGCAGAUCGCGGAGGCAGGUCGAUUAUUUCUACUUGGUUCUAUCUGGUCUGGUAUUAUCGUAUAUUUGUUCCUAACCCUAGUGGCAGGUUGAGGGAGUUCAUUAUGAAUAAUUCGAGCAGUAUGAAGACAAAAUCCACCAUGAUUAAGGCCUCCGGGCUGGGUGGUCGCUUGUUUAGUACACCCCGUGGGAUGGGCAGGUUGACCUCCUGUUUCGAACCUUCCUCGGAUUGGUUGGGCAAGUGCGAAGACAUGGAUAGCUCGAGCAGAUCUCAGAGGCAGGUCGAUGAUUUCAACUUG